AUCCAAUGGGGCAACUCUUUCCUUUCUACUGCCGAUUACCCAAUCCCCUCCGAGGAGAUCUUGCUUAGAGACCCUCUCUCAGCUUCCACGGGAUUGGAAGGAAUAGCUCAGCUUCUUCCCGACCCUCCGAAAUCCCCCUCGCUGCUUCCCCACGAGAUCCUGAGGUUCUUCUUGUCCUUCCCUGAAAGGGAGGAAACAUAAGGUCCCAUGAUGGCUACUAUAAAUUCGAUAGCUGAACCCCAGGCAUCAGUGACAUUUGAAGAUGUGGCUGUAUACUUUACCCAAAAGGAAUGGGAAAGCCUGGCCCCAAAUCAAAGAGCCCUAUACAGAGAUGUGAUGCUGGAGAAUUAUGGAAAUUUGAUCUCUCUGGCAUUUCUGUUUCCUAAACCUGCUAUAAUCUCCCAGCUAGAAAAAGGGGAAGAGCCUUGGGUUUUGGAUCCACAGAGACCACUAGACAAAAAGGGCACCUGUUAUAAAGGGUAUCCCUUUAUGAAACCUGCUGUCAACUCUCAACUGGAACAAGAAGAAUCUGGGAGCCUUGAUGUUCAAGGGUGUCUGAACAAAAAGAGUCUGCAAAGCACCUGUGAUGAUGGUGAGACCAGCACUAAGAAUAAAGAGUUGACUCCAAAGCAGGAAGUAUUUAAUAGAAGAAAUGUACACAUGGUGUCAGUAGGCAUCCAAGUGAAUGUCCCUCACAAAUCCAAGUUUAAAGGAAUGACUUUACUAAAGAAUAAGCUAGAGAAGCAACAAAGAAAUCCCAAAGAAGAUGGAAUGAGAAGAGAGAAGGGAGAUUUAGUUAAAAUGACAGUCAAAGAUGAAGGAACGGAAAGGAAAUUAAGCUCACAUCUUGCAACAACACAUCAAAAAGUCUCUAGAGUACAGAUAUCCUAUGAAUGUGAUGAAUGUGGCAAACUUUUCUGUCAGAGUUCAGAUUUCUUUCAACAUCAGAGAAUUCAUUCCAUAGAGAAGCCUUAUGAUUGUAAAGAAUGUGGGAAAGCUUUCAGCUUUAAUUCAACACUUGUUCAGCAUCAAAGAAUCCAUACUGGGGAAAAACCCUUUCAAUGCAAAGAGUGUGGAAAAGCUUUCAGUUGUAGUUCACAUUGUACUGCACAUCAAAGAAUUCACACUGGAGAGAAACCCUAUGAAUGUAAGGAAUGUGGGAAAGCCUUCAGCUUUAAUUCAACACUCAUUCAGCAUCAGAGAAUCCACACUGGAGAGAAACCUUUUGAAUGUAAGGAAUGUGGGAAAGCCUUCAUUCAAAAAAUAACCUUUAUACGGCAUCAGCGAAUUCACACUGGAGAGAAACCUUUUGAAUGUAAAGAAUGUGGAAAGACUUUCAGUCUGAACUCACAGCUUAUUCAUCAUCAGGCACUCCAUACUGGAGAGAAACCUUUUGAAUGUCAGGAGUGUGGGAAAGGCUUCAUUCGAAACUCACACCUUAUUCAGCAUCAGAGAAUUCACAAUGGGGAGAAAUUUUACCAGUGUAAAGAAUGUGAGAAGUCCUUUAAACAGAAAGCAAGUUUAAAUCGACACCAGAGAAUUCACUCUUGGGGGAAGUCCCAUGAAUGUAAGGACUGUGGGAAAGGCUUCAACAAGAAUUCAGAUUUGAGUCAUCAUCAGAGAUUCCAUUCUAGAGAAAAACCUUAUGAGUGUAAGGAAUGUGGGAAAGUCUUUAUUCGGAACUCAAAUUUUGUCCGACAUCAGAGAAUCCACCCUGGGGAGAAACUUUUGAAUGUAAUUGUUGGUCUCUGUGUACCCCAGGUUCAAGUUAACAGGCCUUCCACUAUUUGGCCUCACUUAACCUGUCCACCCUUAUCCUCUGCUCUUCCCCAAACUGAUUCUUCCAAUCCAUCCAGUCCAGUCUCUUCACUGUCCUCCCCAAAUACUGUACUCAUUCCCACUUCUGAGCCUUUGUUAAUGUUACUUCCCCAAAUGCCCUCACCUCUUCUCUCUCCCUUUCUUUGAUUUUUUUUUUUUUAUCAGAGGUCCCACUAAAUAUAUCUCAACUAUUCUGAGGUCUCCAAGAUUUACAUCUUUCCUAUUUCACUAAAUAGGCCAAGAAUUCUAGUUAGUAAUUUCUAGUAUCUUUCAUUAUUUUCUUAUUGAUUUAUUUUCAUCUCAACUAGAUUUCAAGUUCUUUAAAAGCAAAGACUAUAUGGACAAUAAAAAUAAGAUGAAAAGAUGAGUUGGAUAAAGAUCAGUGGAAAUGAAGUUUCUCCAGUUUAAAUUAAUAUAAACCAAUUGGAAGGGUAUUAGAAAUUAACAUAAUCACAAUAUCCAAGAGAAGAAGAAUUGAGAGAAUAUAAUGAGUCAAAAAUCAAUAAAAGUGAUUAGCUGUUUCAAGCUAGACUUUUUGGGAUAUUUUAGUGUAUAGAUCUGAUUCUUAAAUUUGCAUCUUCAGAAACAGAAUUUUAAUUUUGAUUCACAUUAAAUACACAGAAAAUUUAUAUAAACCAAAAAUAUAAUUUAAUAACUUUCAAUUGGGAAAUAUGUUCUUUUUGUGACUGAAAGGAUUGUGUCUGUUCUCUAUCAACCCCCCAUAGCUAAUAUCCAGACACAUAAGAUACUAUGUACUAAGUAACCUGGUUAGUUUUCAUCAAAUAAGAUAGUUAAAAUGAGAUUGCUGGGAAAGUGAUUAUGGCAUGAAAUGUAUCCUCACAGAGCUUCUCUUUGCAUCCUGUUGAAUUUAAAUAGGAUUUAUCCUGGGUAAAAAUCAUUAAAUAGGUAAAAUUUGUCUUCUGAAUAGCCUCUCUUUUUUUGUUCACUUUUUAUCUAUACCCUUUUAUAGCCCAUAUCUACCCAUAUUUCUUUCUAAUCUAUGAUGUAGUAGGAAGAGAUGUAGGAUUUGUACUCAAGGCUUCUAGGUUGAAGACCUAGUUUAUCUAUUCCUUCUUUAUCUACAUUUGUAUCACUUUAAUUUUUAUGGGGCUCAAAUUUCUUCAUUUGUGAAUUGACAGAAUUAUACUAGGUGAGCUCUGAAGCUAUUACAAGUCUAAAUUUAAGCCUUUGACUAAAAUUUAUACCAAUUAUACCUUCAUAGUCUGUUUCCAUGUUAAGCCUUUGUCUCUUGUCAAAGGAAUGUUAAGCAAGUAGCCACUUUCUUGCGCAAAUAAAUACUUUUCAGGACAUUCCAUUGCCUAUUGGGCAGAAUACAAGUUUCUUGGCUUGGCAUUUGAGGUCCACCAUAAUCUGACUUCAGCUUACAGUUGCCGUCUUAUUUUGAUCUGCAUCCCUUCACACACUUCUAGUAAAACUGGUCUGAUCAUUGUCAAAUUAUGCCUUCUUACAUCUGCCCAGCUGUUACCCAUCCCUAGAAAACAUUCCUUCCUAAUCUCCAUCAGUUAAGAUCUUUUCUUCAAGGAUCAGCUUAGGUGUUUGCCUGUUCCAUGAAUCCUUUUCAGAUCUACCUUGAUCAGAACAUAGGAGGAAUCAGAAAGGAUCUGCCUUCCUCAUAUUUACCUAGACUACUUUUUCUGAAUUUUUGUCUUUUUUAUUUUUGAUGCAAAGCUUGGAGUCCUGAAUAUAAUUUGUUUAUUUAAUAGAGGAGUUAGAAUCUGGGGAAAAACUUGAAAUCACACUAUUAGAUAAGGGUGGACAGAUUAAGUUUUCCUUGAGGAAAAAUGAGACUUUGGCAGAUACUUUGAAGUAACAAUAUUUACUGCAUUACUCUGAUUUACAGCUGGACCUGUGAUUUCUUUGACAUAGAACACUCCCAAACAAGAAAACUCCUACUUGUGUAAAUGAGUACUUCCUCUGUAACUUUCUUUUAGCUGCCUGAAAGACUGAUUAGUUCCGACUAGCCCAAUGUCACAUGACCUGUUAUGUGUUCUAUAUCUUCCUGGUUUGGGGACUAGUUCUCUCUACCCUCUCACCAGGCUAAAUACCUGUCAAAAGGGAAAUUACAUGAAUCCAGUAUGACCUGUUCCCAAUGAAAUUAUAUUGGCUCUUUGUAUUCACUCAUAUUCCUUUUUCACAAAUUUUUCCUUUAAUGUUUCAGAAUGUUUCCAAGAAUCAAAUCAAACGUACUGGCUUAUCAAAUUCCUUUGUUCUCUCUGUUUUAGUCCAGUAUUCUCACAGAAGAGACACAAGGGUUGAAUAUAUCUGCCUUCUUUCCAGUACACAUUAUUAUCAUCCUUUCUACCCCAAAUAGAAACUCAGUGUUUCUUCACCUUUACCCCACAUAGCUUUUUUAAAAAAUCUUUUUCUGUCUUUAGCUUUCUUUACCAACCUCAACUCAUUCUGACUUAGCUUUAACACUCCUUAAAUAAUUCUUAAAGAACCAUAUCAUGGUUUGGUAUUAUAUUCGUCCUCUGCUAACUGCCUUUGCUUCUGUGUUUGCACAUCUUUGCAAAUAAUCUUAGUCCCUAUCAUAUUAGUCUCUUCUACUUCUUCUCCUCAAUGGAAUUGUAUCUCUAUCUCUUUUCUUUAGAUGGGGUAGAAGAUUUUUAUUCUAGAAAGUUAUGAAAACAUGGCAAUAUACUAUAUGAAACGGAUAUAAAGAGUUCAAAAAAUAUGUAUGAACUAAUGCAGAGUGAAAUAAUUAGAACAAUUUAUACAAUGUCCACAGUACUGCAAAAAUGACAAUUCUGAAAGGCAUAAAGAUUCAUAGAUAAGCAUUCCUCUCAUUGUAGAGUUUGCAAAUAAUAGGAGUUGAAUGAGGCACACGUCACUACAGGACAAGUGUGUUGUGUUGGUUUUAAUUAGCUAUACUUUUUCACAAGGCAGGAUUCUUUGGAGGGAAGAGACAUUAGGAGAUGAUGAUGUAAAAAUAAAAGCAUUAGUAGAAAAAAAUUUAAGUAAAAAAAGCAAGGACUGAAGGCUCGGAAAUGUCAUCAUGCAUUAAUAAUAACUGCAGUUUAUAGAGGAUUUACAGGUUAAGAGACUUGUCCGUGGAUACUAUCAGAGAUGUGAGAUCAGAUCUUGACUUCAGGUCCAGUACUCUGACUAGUGACAGAUGGCUUCGCUGUAAUCACCCAUCUUUCUAAUUCUAUACAAAAAGACCUUUCUCCAAUGUAAGCAAUUAAAUGUUAUCAAUAUUCUAUUUGUUAUUUUUGCUUAGCGUUAUGUGGAUGAAAAUGCAGAGUCUAUAAUUUGCUAUUUAGUGACUAAAUAGUUUGAUUCCAACUGGCAUAGGUAAAUUGUUGGUGGUUUUAAUUUGUCAGGCACUGAGGGCAUUUAGCCAUUGUAGAUCUUUGGCUUCCUAAUUCCUGCAUGAAUAUGGAAUAAGGAAGGAGAAAGGAAAAAAACUUGCAGAUUAUUCAGAAACCUUACACUUCUAUCAAUAUCUUCUGUGAAAACUUAUAAAAGGAAUCAGGAGGUGACGAAUAUGUUAAACACUGAAUAAAGUCACAAAAAAUAAAA